CAGUCGUUUUACUUCCAGAAGGCGUCGAGCACAACGCGCCUAAAGAGCCGCCACUACAGACUGCUCCUCCGACCGUGGAGCUUCUCGGUGUUCGGCGUUUGUCCAGCAUUCGCAUCGGCUGCAAAGCACCCCAUCUCGCCAACAAACGCAGCCGCUGUGCAUUGCUGUGCCAGGAAGGCAUCUGCCGGUCGGGCACGGCACUUCUCAGCCAUGACCGAGCAUCCCGAGCCCGAGGAGCUGGUCCCGGUGGACGAUCUGACGCCAGAGGAGGCAAAUCGCAUCAUUCACUCACACCGCAAGGUUCGCUAUGGGACUGCCUGCUGGCCGUGUCGUCAGCGCAAGGUCAAGUGUGACAACAAGCAGCCCUGCGAGAACUGCGUCAAGAGAGAGCACCCUCAGCUAUGCUCGUACAAGCCCAAUCGCUCAUCCACAAACAAGCCCUCGUCUACCCUCUCACAAACUAGUGUCCCUCGUAAAAGGACUGCCUCCUUUUCCGAUGCCAGGGGCGAUGAGAGCCGCAAAAGCGAGCGGCAGGAGAGUUGGCCUCGAGCCAUCGGCGUGUCAGCCAAUCUUGAUGAGACCGAGUCCGUGGGAGACCGCUAUCUAGGCCAAAACAGCAUUCCGGCUUUACUCCGAGAGCAGUCCUCACCCAUCGACAAGAGCGACAACGUUGACAUCCGGCGCGACAUGCGGUCCAUUUUGGGGCUCGACACGUCCGCCCCGUUCCCUCUCAUGUCUUCGCAUCACCUUCACAAGCUAGCGCAAGACAUCUCAUCGGAGCUGCCUUCUGAUCGAGAAGUCAUCAAGCUUUUCCGUACCUACAAGGAAAUUCCGCAGCCAUUCUGGGGAUUUGUUUAUGACAUGGACGAUCUCGAGUCCAAGCUAAUGAUCUAUCUUGAGGAGAGGUCUCGGAAUGCAUCAACUACGAGCAAAUCGUCAAGGCCAGUGACGGCAUCGUGGCUGGCCAUUCUGUUUGCCGUGUUGGCGGUGGGCUCACAGUAUCACGAAAGCCCGUAUCACGUACGGACCCGAGACUCUCAAAAAUACAUACAGAUAUCGUUCCACUUUCUGCGACUCGGCAACUUUUUACUCCGACCUUCGUUCGAUUCUAUCCAGGCUCUGCUGUUGACGAGCUUCGUCCUUCUUAAUGACAUGAAGGCCGAGGCUUCUUGGGCGUUGACUGGGCUCACCUGUCGCCUCGCACAGUCCCUCGGACUCCAUCGGCCAACAUCAUACGACGGCCGCGAGAACGCGCCUCCGGAUGCAAAGAUCAAAGAAGCCAUACGCCGCAAAUUAUGGUGGACCUGUGUCUGGCAUGACACGUUAACGUCUCUGUCGUUUGAUAGGGCACCCAUGACCAACUUCCGAAGCUGCCCCAUUCCCGAAAGCCCCGGCUCCGCCGACGGUAACUAUGCAUACCUAGAAAUGAUGUACCACCUCAUCGAAAUCAUUUCCCGCCGCUUGAAUCCAGACGCCACUGUGACGCCUUCAUAUGACCAAAUUGUUGAAAAGUGCGAGGCUGUCGAAGCCCUGCGCACUCGGGCACGCCCGCAUAUGCGGGACAAGGAGCAAUGCAAGACGGCACUGGAUCGCCUCCAAUACUUUGCCAUACGCCUGCAUACCUCUUUUGUCAUCUCGGUUGCUUGUCGGCCAGCGCUGAAGAGAGAAUGCGAGAUCGAUACGAAGCAAAAGAAGGAGCUUGCCGACCGAUGCAAGGAGAACCUGACAGAGACAGUGCGGAUGUUCCUAGCGAUGCACCAGCUGUCGGUGAUUCCAACACGUAGCUGGGCAUUUACGUAUCACGGGCUUUCAUCGGCCUUGCUGCUCGGCAUUCUGUGCGACACUAAAACCGACCCGGAGGUCCGUCAAUUGCAAGGAGACCUGAUCGCGGCCCUGUCUGCCACAGCGGCCAAGGAGGCAAGCUCUCCUGAGCCUCACGUACCUGUAUCGGACAAGGACAUCGAGCUUUCUGGCCCGCUGUGGAGGGCGCUGACGGCUCUCAAAAAUAUUUACGACCAUGGAUCGGUCAUUGGAACGCAUCUUAAGAGGGAGGGCGAUUCGUCGGCUGGUGGAAGUCGGAGCCGGACUCCGAUGCUGCCUUUGGGCAAUCAGCUCUCGGCCGCGUCGAGCGCACAGUUUCGCAGCCAGUCGGGUGAUCCCCGUGAAGAUGCCGCUCUAGCCAUGGCGGAGAUGCAGAACGGGGCUUCGCUGCAAGAUUUCGCAGGCAUACCCUUCAACCACCCAAUCCCCGCAACCAUGGGCAUGGACGGUAGCAUACCUAAUCUCGUCCCGGAUCAGACACAGUACAUGGCGCCGAUGGAUCUCUACGAUUCCAUCUGGGGCGGCGGGAUGGAUGCCCUGAGCUUCGAGUUUCUGGCGCAACCACCCCCGGGACAGCCGCAACAGCAGUUUUACUUUUAGGCGCGUUUGGCAACCUUGGACCAACUAAAGCCCUCGAUAUAAUGUGCCAUUUGGAUUGGAUCAAUAGCGAAAUGUUGGGGAUUCGGAAGCGGUGGUCAAUGCUUUUUCAUCUCAUAGGGGUUCACGAACGGCGCUUGCGGAGUCAAGUGGAGCAUCUACGAUUGCAUAUUUCAUCAUGGCCUUGGGUUGCCUCGUCAGUGUAUUGAGCAGCUGGCACGGGCCAAAUGUAGUAGGCAUGUAUCAAAGUCGUCAGUGCUCUCUUUGAUCGUCACUGCAUAAUCUCCCGCAGGAGACCGCUCGGAUCGCAAGCCACAGGACUGGCGGUUACGCAUCGAUUCCGAG